AAAACCAGUUGUGAUCUGCCCUGUAAACAGGAGGAAGCCUCCCUGAGAGCCCCACCUCCAGCACCUUCUAGAGCUGAUUGAAUGGAAGGGGAGGUCAAAAUUCCAGACACAGGUUCCCUGAAGCUCCAGUUCAUCCAGCUGUUGUGCAGGCAACAGAACAGAGAGAAAGGCAUCAGCCAUGGCAGAAGGGCUGGAGGUUUCUGUCUCUGAUUUCCAGUACUUUCAGAACAAUGUGCAGCACCACACAGAGGAGAUCAGCUUCCAACGGCUCAUUGUGCGUCGGGGCCAGCCCUUCUCCAUCACCCUGUACUUUAAGAGCAGGGGAUUCCAGUCCGACAUGGACAAAAUCAUCUUCAUCACAGAGACUGGUCCAAAGCCUGACCUCUCCAUGGGCACCCGAGCCAUAUUCUCCAUAGAAGAGCCAAGCUUCAAGAGCCCUUGGAUCGCAGUGGUCAAAUCUAAUGGGGCCAACUUCUUGGAAGUCAGCCUGUGUGCUCCACCCAUGGCAGCGAUUGGGCAAUACUAUCUGAAAGUUCACAUCGAUUCCUUCCAAGGACCAGUCUCAGCUUAUCACCUUGGAGAGUUCAUCCUUCUCUUCAAUCCUUGGUGUCCAGCUGAUGAAGUCUAUAUGGAAAGUGAGCCUCAGAGACAGGAAUACAUCAUGAAUGAUCAUGGCUUCAUCUACCAGGGUAACAAGAACUGGAUCCGUCCGUGUCCAUGGAACUAUGGACAGUUUGAGGAAGAUAUCAUAGAUAUUUGCCUGAAGCUAUUAGACAAGAGUUUGAAUUUUCAAGUUGAUCCAGCCAUGGACUGUGCACUGCGGGGGAGCUCCGUAUACAUCAGCAGAGUCGUCAGUGCCAUGAUCAACAGCAAUGAUGACAAUGGUGUUCUCAAUGGGAAAUGGAGUGAGGGCUACUCUGAUGGAAUUAGCCCUUCUGAAUGGAAUGGUAGUGUAGCCAUCUUGAAGCAAUGGUAUGCCACAGCAGGCCAGCCUGUGAAAUAUGGACAGUGCUGGGUCUUUGCAGCUGUUAUGUGUACAGUGAUGAGAUGUCUGGGGAUCCCCACUCGUGUUAUUACCAAUUUUGAUUCCGGGCAUGACACAGAUGGAAAUUUGAUAAUUGAUGCGUAUUAUGACCACACUGGCAGGAUCCUGGAGAAUAAGAAGAAGGACAGUGUAUGGAAUUUUCAUGUGUGGAAUGAAUGUUGGAUGGCACGGAAAGAUCUUCCCCCAGAAUAUGGAGGCUGGCAGUUGCUGGAUGCUACUCCUCAAGAGACAAGCAAUGGUGUCUACUGCUGUGGUCCUGCCUCAGUCAAAGCCAUCAAGGAAGGGGAGGUGGAGCUGAACUACGACACCGCUUUUGCCUUCUCCAUGGUGAACGCUGACUGCGUGUCCUGGCUCGUUUAUGGGGGGAAGGAGCAGAGACUUCACCGAGAUACCAAUCUGGUGGGCAACCUUAUCAGUACCAAGAGCAUCCAGAGCGACGAGAGGGACGACGUAACUGAGAACUACAAGUACCAAGAAGGUUCACCCCUGGAGCGAAAGGUGUUUCUGAAGGCUCUUCAGAAAGUUCAGUAUAGAGGACUUCCAGGGAAUCCUGAAGGACAUUUCCAGCCUCUACCAGAAACAGAAGUGGGAAACCCAGACUUGAUUUCUUCCACUGGGUCAAAGGAAGUGAGCCUGAAAUUCAAGCUGGUUGAGCCUGCCUACAUGGGCCUAGACAUAAAUCUUGUUCUACAGACCAUCAACUUGGUUCUAAAAUUCAAGGAGCUUAAGGUGAACCUGAGUGCCCAGUCCAUCCUCCAUGAAGGCAAUCCCCUGCCUGUGUUCUGGCAAGACACAGCAUUCAUCACUCUAAUGCCUGGUGAAGCAAAGACGUAUCCCUGCAUAAUCCCCUAUUCCAAGUACAGCCAGUUUCUGUCACCAGACAAAAUUAUCCGGAUCAGCGCCCUGGGAGAAGAGAAGAACAGUUUAAAGAAGCUCUUGGUUGACAAGAUCAUCACCUUGGAACUCCCGAGCAUCUUGAUUACUGUUCUGGGAGAAGCCAUUGUGGGCCAGACACUUACCAUACAAGUGAUAUUUGAAAAUCCUCUCUUGGAGGAGGUAGGGGAUUGCGAGCUGACUGUGGAAGGCAGUGGCCUGUUCAAGAAACAGCAGAAGAUCAUUCUUGGAAACCUCAAGCCCCAAAGUAAAGCCAGCAUCACUAUUAAAACUGUUCCUUUCAAGAGCGGCCAGCGGCAGAUCCAAGCCAAUCUGAAGAGCGACAAGUUUAAGGAUAUCAAAGGAUACAGCAACGUGAAUGUUGCCCCUGCAUCAUAAAGCCACUGUAGUGGAGCUGUCCAUCUCAGGAUGCUGCUGAAUUUCAAUAACUGACCUCUAGCUUUCCCUAACAGAUACUCGGGAUUCUUCCAAGCAGCCAGAGGGAGAUUCAGACUCUGGAUACCUUACUUUUAUACCAUUUGCACUCUCAUCAAAAGGCUCAAUGCCUAUGUAACAAACCAUCCAAGUGGGUGCUGAAGAACAGGAACAGACGUGGGGGAAGGAAAACCAGCUGGGACUUCAUUGUGAUUCAGUUCCCUGGUGGCCAGGUAGAAAUAAAAGGACCUGAGCAGCUUUGCCUUUUGUAAUUGACACUCCCCUGCCAAUAAAUCUUACUAUUAUUGUGUAUAUUCUUUUUUUUUUCUUUUGCAAGGCAAUUGGCUUAAAAUGACUUGCCCAGGAUAGCUAGGAUAGCUAGUUAGGUCACAUUUGAACUCAGAUGCUUCUGAUUCCAGAACCAAGGCUCUACCCACUAUUCUAUCUAGCUGCCCAUUUAUAUUCUUUAGUGUUCUCUACCCCGUCCAUUCAUAGUUCUUCUUCUUCCUUUGUAAUUGCUUUCCAGACAGCAUCUUUUAUGCAAAGUGUCCCAAAAGUCUUAGCACAUUAAAAACUUUCCAGGGUUAUCUUCCUGAUUUUCCUCUCUGAACACAAGGUAGAGAUGAUAAAAAAAUUAAGGAAAUGCCACUAAAUUGAAAUAAAAAUGUCAGCCACAAAUUGGUCCUAAGACUUGCCUGGAUUCUUGAGUAGAUGUAGUGAGACACCCAACAGAGGGUGUCUGCAGACUACCCUACUUGGCACUAAUUGGUGAGAGGCAAGCAAAACACAGCAAGACAUUUCUUUCCAGGAGAAAAAAGAAAAAUAGGUGAGAUUGUGAUGUAAAAAAAAAAAUAAGGUUUUGGGAAAGAUGAUGGGAGGAGCAGCCCUUUCCCCCCAUAAAAACAAUGAACAUUUAAAUUAUCAUCUGGCAUUUUGGAAUUAUGCCCAAAGAGUUAUCAAAUUGUGCAUAC